GAACGGGCCGGCCCCGCGCUGGGGGCCCUGCAUGGCCUGAGCGCUUCGGGCCCCAAACGCACUGUUAGAUCGAAGCGAAGCAAAACAAAAACUUUCCAAACACCCAUCACCGGGCGCUGAAAAUAUGCAUCUCUGGGCAACGAAGGAACCCAGCACGGUCCGGUUGCUCUUGGGCACUUGCGAUUCACGAAGUUUGGAAAAGGGUCAGGUCCCAGUUGUGGAACCGACUGCCAGUCGGUAGGAGGCUGCGGUUUCCGAGACCUCUGCAGCCCAGAUACCCGGGAAGCCUGGAUCUCCCCCGGUGAAGCACCCCGGCGGCCAGCAGCAGGCCGUCUCUCCGCCUCGCCCUGCCCUGCCCUCUAGCGUCCUCGGUGGAGCAGCGCAACCCGGGCACCUGGGGCCGCGGUGCGCGCCAUGGGGCCCACCGGCUCGCCGCUGGUCAAGGCCCUGCGCCGCUCGCUCUCCGACUACGUCAACUAUGACAUCAUCGUCCGGCAUUACAACUACACGGGCAAGCUGAAACUGGGUUCGGAGGAGAGCGGCCUCAAAGUGACCUCGGUGGUGUUCAUUCUCAUCUGCAGCUUCAUCAUCGUCGAGAACAUCUUUGUCUUGCUGACCAUUUGGAAGACCAAGAAGUUCCACCGGCCCAUGUACUAUUUCAUCGGCAACCUGGCCCUCUCAGACCUGCUGGCGGGGGUGGCCUACGUGAUCAACCUGCUCUUCUCCGGGGCCAACACCUACAAGCUCACGCCCGUGCAGUGGUUCCUGCGGGAAGGGAGCAUGUUUGUGGCUCUGUCCGCGUCCGUGUUCAGCCUGCUGGCCAUCGCCAUCGAGCGCUACAUCACCAUGCUGAAGAUGAAGCUGUACAACAAGAGCAACAGCUGCCGCUCCUUCCUGCUCAUCAGCGCCUGCUGGGUCAUCUCGCUGGUGCUGGGCGGCCUGCCGCUCAUGGGCUGGAACUGCGUGGGCGCGCUGCCCGGCUGCUCCACGGUGCUGCCGCUCUACCACAAGCACUAUAUCCUCUUCUGCACCACGGUCUUCACCGUGCUCCUGCUCUCCAUCGUCAUCCUCUACUGCAGGAUCUAUUCCCUGGUCAGGACUCGCAGCCGCCGGCUCACCUUCCGCAAGAACGCGUCCAAGACCAGCCGCAGCUCGGAGAAGUCGCUGGCGCUGCUCAAGACGGUGAUCAUCGUGCUGAGCGUCUUCAUCGCCUGCUGGGCGCCGCUCUUCAUCCUGCUCCUGCUGGACGUGGGCUGCAAGGUGAACACCUGCAGCAUCCUCUUCAAAGCGGAGUACUUCCUCGUGCUGGCGGUGCUCAACUCCGGCACCAACCCCAUCAUCUACACCUUGACCAACAAGGAGAUGCGCCGGGCCUUCAUCCGGAUCCUGUCCUGUUGUAAGUGCCCCAGGGGAGAAGCAGCGGGCAAGUUCAAGCGCCCCAUCAUCGCCGGCGUGGAGUUCAGCCGCAGUAAGUCCGACAACUCGUCCCACCCCCAGAAGGAUGAUGGGGACAACCCAGAAACCAUAAUGUCCUCUGGGAACGUCAAUUCUUCUUCCUAAAACUGGAAGCUGCUGACCUGUGGGGAGUGUUCUUGCACGGUCGCCCACCCCGCCCCAGUGUUUGGAAAACGUCUCUGGGCCUCAGUGCUGUGAGGGAGGAGCUGCGGGAGCCGAGGGAGGGUGGGAGAGGAAGACUCCGCGCCCGCCGCGCCGGGUGGGGUCCUGGGUACAGUCAGUCCUGUGAACAAUGUGUGGGGAAGGGUGGAGAGCAGGUCCGAGCCGGGCGUCUGUGUCGUCCCCCAACCGGAGCCUUGAUUUUGCACUGAGCCAAAGGUGUAGCCUUGUCAAGCCCCCGCAGGGCUCCGUGGCCCUCCCCAGAGACCAGGGGCCCCUUGUGGGAGUGUCUGUCUGGAGCUUUGAAGAAGAGACGUCACCUUACACUUCAGUCUCCAGCCACGUGGGUGUGCGCACUUCUGCUUGUCUGGCGAUGCUCCAGAGCUUACCCUCCCUUCCCCGUCCCCUACCUGGCGCUCAGUGGGGCCGGGCGUGUGGCGUGGCCCAUUUCUUCACGGCUGCAGGGGACAGGUGCGGUCCAGGAGGCGGACUGAGAGGGGACGGCUUGCCGUGUCUGGCAGUUUCAUUUGCUGAGGCCAAAGUUUCCAUGAAACCUGGAUCUGUUUUUUUGGAAUUUGGUUGUAGCCACUUUGAUUUUUUUUUUGACAUCUGUACAAUGCAAUGUGUCACAGUGCCCGGCCAUUGUGGCUGAAAUCUGCCAGGAUCCUGGGCCUCCCAGGAAAAACAAAGACACAAAACACAGUGAAAAGGGACCGAAGGGUGGACUUCGUGAACCAAGAGGGGUUUCCUAACGAAUUUGCCUAACGCCUGCAACAUCCGUCUUUGGCACUUUUGUCGAUAUUUUUAUUCCAGAGUCUUGUGUGGGUCACUGCAAUGGGAUGGUUGAACUUGGUUGUGCUCCAAGUGUUUUUCAUGAUUUUUGAAUGUAUUUGUUUCAGCAUUUUAUUGGAUUUUUCUAACCUGUGUUAACACCCGUGAAUGUGUAUUUCUAGAGAAAGUAUCGCCCCUUUUGUGCCCUUAAAGCAUUACUUUAAUGGAUGGGGACACCAGAAGUUUCCCGGCUCAUUAAAUAGUUCAUGGAACAUGCGUGUAAAUGUUACAAAGAAUGAAAAUACAUCGCUGUCUGUUUAGAAUGGUUUUCAGUGCAAUUAAACCAAGAAAUGUCUUUAAAAAAAAAGUAUUUAAUAGGUUUCUGACUUUUGUGGAUCAUUUUGCACAUAGCUUUAUCAACUUUUAAACAUUAAUAAACUGAUUUUUUAAAAGA